UCGCUCGGAUCUGCGCGCGAGCUUUUCUCUCUCUCUCUCUCUCCUGAGCUUUCGCGUCUGUUUUAUCCAAUCCAAAUAAUAACAAAUUCCCGCGAGUUUUGCGAGUGGCCCGCCAAAGAGUUGCUACGUUUUCUCCUACAAGGUUUCGGCGGAGCUUGCAGCUCUCAGGGCCCCGCGCGCGCCAAAGAGUUCGACCGAUCACCAAACUGUGCAGCGUGCGUUCUCCGAUCGAUCGUUCUUCGGCCGCAGAUAACUGGAGGAUCAGUGACCUGUAAGGUUGAGCCAUGAACAAAAUUGCUUGCCACCGACCGACGACUUCGUCUUCGUUCUCACGAAUCUUCAACUUGGAAACUGCUUUUAAAACUGCUCUCGAAUGAAGAUCUCGCCAGCAUGAGCUGCCCUGGAGGCAUCCAUCGUGUGACAUAGCUCGAGCCUCCUCCAGCUCGACGAUCUUCUCGAUUGCACCUCCUCGUUGUUGUGAAGCCGAAGAGCACGUGUGGCAAGUGAUUCGACCGAAGAUCGAGCUAGCUCUCUCAAUCUCUCUCUCUCUCUCUCGCACCUGUGCUCCGAUAUGUCACUCUCGAUUCAUGUCGAAUCCUAGUCUCGGUCAAUUUAUGCUGCUGCUCCCUGGAAAUCCUUUUUUAUCUUCAUCACUUUGACUCGCUCCGCCGCUGACCGGAUCAACGCGGCUAUAUCAUGGUUAGCCUGGGCUUCGCUCGGUCCUCGCUCUUUGCUGCCUUCGUCCUGUUCACCAUCUCGCAAGAAGUUAGAGCCAGCUGGGACGAUUGGUGGACCUACGAUGGAAUUUCGGGACCAUCCUUUUGGGGCCUAAUUAAUCCACAGUGGUCCUUGUGCAGCAAAGGUCGACGACAAAGUCCCAUAAACAUCGAGCCGGACAAAUUACUUUUCGAUCCGCACUUGAGGCCAGUACACGUCGACAAACAUAAGGUAUCAGGUUAUUUGCACAACACUGGACAAUUUCUGGUAUUUCGGGCUGAUAAAGAUUUGAAAGUAAGAGUAAAUAUAACGGGAGGACCUUUGGCCUACCACUAUCAAUUUGAAGAAAUUUAUAUCCACUACGGUCAAGAUGAUAAUCACGGCUCUGAACAUCGUGUCAACAACUACGCUUUUCCAGCUGAGAUUCAAAUUUAUGGGUUUAAUGCAGAGUUGUAUCAUAACAUGAGUGAAGCACAGCAUAAAAGUCAAGGAUUGGUCGCCAUUUCUUUGAUGGUUCAGCUGGGCGAUACACCGAAUCCUGAACUGAGAAUUAUAACGAGUGUUUUCAAUAGGGUGCAGUUUCGAGGUGACAAGGCACCCGUGCGGCAUCUAUCUUUGAAAGCUCUAUUGCCAGACACCAAUGGUUAUAUGACCUACGAAGGUAGUACAACGCACCCAGGCUGUUGGGAAACAGCCGUAUGGAUUAUCCUUAACAAACCCAUAUAUAUAACUGCACAAGAGCUUUAUGCGUUGAGGAGGUUGAUGCAAGGACCCGACAGUACACCCAAAGCACCUCUUGGAAAUAAUUCGCGACCACUUCAACAACUGCAUCACAGAACUAUAAGGACAAAUAUUGAUUUCCGCAAGCGAUCUGCCGAUGCCAAGUGCCCAACGAUGGCCAACGAUAUGAGAUAUAAAGCCAAUACGUGGCGAGAUGAAACGACGUUGUCACGCAACCAUGUUAUCUGAAUUAUUGGAUCUAUAAAAGUCAAUAAAACUUUGACCAGCUAAUAAAUAAACUAGUCUCAGUUAUAAGUAUUACUCAUAUACUUCAUGGUUGUAUAAAUGCAUAAAAAUAAUACGGUGUGACUCUCGUGAAAAAAAAACAUUCGAAAGAGUAUACUGCGCUUCAAAU